AGUGACCACACAAACACAUUUCUUCCUUAGCAUAUACUCCUCCUGAUUCCCUACUCUUCCUCCUCAAACCUUCACGCUCACUCCCUCCUUCCCCACACAAAAUUUACAAUUUCCCAAAAAUAAAUAAUUUUUUUUAUAUGGGUGUUGCUGAAUUAUUCUGACUGACAAGUGAGAAGCUUGCGGGGAAGAAUGUUGUCAAUGGCGGCCGUUUUCUCUCACUGCCCUUCUCUAAAACCUUCUUUAGCAACUGCCCACGUCUGUAACCCACGUUUUCUGAAGCUUUCAAGCCACUUCAAUAGCGGCCAUCGUGCUCUAACUCGCAAAAGUGCCGUUCUUUCUGCUACCCAUUUCUCCAAUUUUUCGAGUUUUCGUGUCAGAAGCUUUCAGCCAAAUCAGGAUUCAGAGGUUGAUGAUGCUGCGAGCACUGAUAAUUCCUUGAAUGAAGGUGUAAGGCUGAAUGAGGAGCUGUUCAAAGGCCAUCAAGAUAGUGGGAAAGGCAGUUCAUUUUUGGCAAAAUUGGCAAUUGGCCUUGGUGUGGCUGCAACUGUCACCUUUUUGUCUAUUGGCUUCAAGGAGCAAAAUUUGGGAACUUCCCUUGGAGUUGAAAUCCAACGUCUGGCUGACGUUUCGUCAUCUUCAAGCUUGGCCGCAUCAUCUGUUGGUUUUUCUUUUAAAGCCUUCGGUUACAGAGUUGUACUUCCACAAUAUGCUCCAGGGUGGGUCUACUUUUGGUUGCUCAUGGCUGCUGGAUGUGGACUUUUCAUCAGUGAAGAGGCUUUAAAUAUAUGGGUUGGCAUAACAUUGGCACGGAAGCUAUGUUUGGAUGGUACAUGGCAAUCUUUUGCUUCAUCAUUCUCCAAUUACUUGGGAUUUUUUUUUCCUUCCAUGACUUUCUGCUCUUGGCGUAUCUCACGAAAUCUUCUGAUCUUUAGGGGAGUUUGUAUCAGUGAUAUGAUACCAUAUUACCUCGGGAAGCUACUCCGGCAGUCUGGAGCUUCUGAUGAUUUGUAUUCUAAGUUAGGGGUUAGCAAAGAGAAGGUGUUGAACAUUACACAGGCUGUUCAAAGAUAUGGAAAUCUUAGUGGUUUUGUUGAACGAUUCUCUAUUGGAGUCAGGAAUCCAACAGCAUUUCUUGCAGGAGCCAUGGGUGUUUCUCCUGAGUGUUUCUUUGCUGGUGUCUGCUGUGGUGGUUUGAUCACCCUACCUGUUCAGUUGGCAAUUGGGUUCUUAUUAAGAGAACGCCCUCUAUUUGCCUUAGCUACUGUCGCUACUGUAGUGGGUAUCUGGACUAUAUUUCCAUAUGUGGUUGCUGCUUCAACGGCAUUGUUUUUCUAUCUGCGGCAGAGAUAUUCUUCUUCAUAGGCCUCUUUAAAACUGCUCAAGUAUCCACUGCUCCCCGUGUGAUGAAAGACACCGAGUCCAUGCACUUCCAGAACAAAUCUGGCUCGACUUAUCCUGAGUACAGAAUAGCAGAAUGUCUGGUCUGAAUACAAAUAGGGAAGAUUGGAUUGGAAAGAAGACACUCGCGGACGGUAAUUCCAAUCAUAUACUCCGUAUAUAUAUAGUUAGCCCGACUAACACAGAAAAUCCGAGUGCAAUUAUAUAUUAAAUGAUUGAUUAAACGAAAAAUCAUUUUACUGUAUUUCCGUAAGUACCAGCUAGAAGUCUGAGAUGAUUGUAACUUUUGGAGACCAUGCAAUAUAUUGGUAAUUUGAUUUA